GAGGAUAACAUUAGCUACGACCCUUUUUUGCUCUUUGACCACCUGGGUCCCAUCACAUUUCUGCCAUAUGAGGCAUUUGGAGCCCAUGAUCACCCUCACAAAGGGAUGUACAUCAUCUCGUAUCUCAUCGAGGGUUGCAUCAUUCAUGGAACGAGUAUUUCUAAGUCAAAGUCAUUUUUGAAUGGUGGUGAUGUCCAUAUUAUUUCUUCUGGCCGUGGUAUAAUUCACUAUGAAUUGCCGUCUCAAGAAAUGGUGGUGAAUGGGGGAGCUUCUUCCACACUAAGUGUCGAUCCACCUAUCUGCCUUUGUGACAUUACUCUUAAAAGUUCAAGUUAUUUAAGUGAUCAAGAACUACGAAUUUCAUUGCCUUCUUCUGAGUUCCAGACAGCCAUGAUUUAUGCUUGGAAAUGUCCUGCUUCUGGUGGAAUACGCGUUGUUGCUGAUCAAGGGGAACAGACUAUAUGCGUGGAGCGGGGAUGUGUCGCUUCACUUGACUCUGUGGGUGACGAGUUGCUCCUACAACUUUAUAAAGCAGACAGUGAGAUUUUUUUCAUUUUUCGCUCUUUAGACUAG